GUAAACAAUAAAACAGCAAAUAUUGUAGCGUGAAGAUAACAAUUGAUUUUUGUUGGACAUGGCAGAGCUUUGGGAUUUGGUCACUUCGUGGUAUUCUACAGACUUUAUAUAUUGUAGAUUACUCGUAGAGGUUUUUAUUGGAUGCAUCAUCGGAAAUUUAUACCGAAAAUGUCAAAAAAACUGAAAGCUUCAAGUAAAAAAACUGAUCUUCUUAAAGUUUCUGAGGAAAGACAACUGUUGCUAAAGCAUGUAGAAAAAGCAGAAAAAGCUUGUAACAAUAUUCGAGAGAAUUUCGGUCAAGAAUUCAUUUUGAAAUCCGGAGGAACCGGAGAAUCCAAUAAGAAAGUACGGAUUGUGGAACGAUUGGGGAUGCUCCAAGAAAAAGGAAAAGGCGAAAAUACGGAAAAAAACGAAAAGUGUGGAUGCGAAUCAUUGCCUAACUUGAUCGUGGCCACUUCCGAUCAAAGCGAUGUAAUCAAUGUAAAAAAUAAAACUGAAUUAGAAGUAGGAUUGACUUUAUCUCAAAGCGAUUCUUCCGUUAUGCUCCUAUAUUGUGCUGAAGAACUAGAGAAAGAAAUGAAAGGACAUAGAAUAAAAUCUAGAAAGAUUAUAAACAAGAUGAAACAAUUACGCUUAGUUAGAAGUUCUCCAAAUUCCGUUGAUCUCGUCAAAAACUAAUAUAGACACUCCGGCAAAGGAAGUAUUAUUGUUUUCGUUUUCAGAAGAAAAAAAUUCUGGUUAAUUUUAUUAAAUUUUACAGUCUCGAUUAUAUAUUAAAUAUUGAAAAAACUAAUACAAAAUUUUGUUUAAAAUUGAAAAUAAACGAAAUUAUAG